UAUACUGACUAUAUUACUUACCCUGUGGUUGACACUUGACAACAACAGCAGCAAUUUGAUAUUUGACUGUUGACCAGUGACAUAUGACUUGUAUUUUGCGUGUAAAACUGGGUUUUACUAAGUUUUGAAAACGUACUAUAAUAAUAAAACAAGAAGGCAUAGUAUGGAGCAAUUACGGUUCGACGGCCGCGUCGCGGUAGUGACUGGAGCUGGUGGUGGUCUAGGAAAAGCAUACGCCUUGCUUUUGGGCUCCAGAGGUGCUAAAGUCGUGGUGAACGACCUUGGCAGUGCAAGGGAUGGUGUGGGAAAAUCAAAUUUUGCAGACGCUGUUGUAAAGGAAAUCAAAGACAAAGGUGGUGAUGCCGUCGCCGAUUACAACUCAGUGGUUGAAGGCGAGAAGAUAAUAAAAACAGCUCUCGACACGUACGGCCGUGUUGAUAUUCUCAUCAAUAAUGCCGGUAUCCUGCGUGAUCGAAGUUUCCCCAAGAUAUCUGAACAGGAUUGGGACCUCGUCAAUGCAGUGCAUUUGAAGGGUGCGUUCAAAACAACGCAGGCAGCAUGGGAGACGUUCAAGAAGCAGAAGUUCGGCCGGGUCGUGAUGACAUCGAGUAACGCGGGUCUGAUGGGCAACUUUGGACAAUCCAAUUACAGUGCCGCAAAAAUGGGUCUGGUCGGUCUGGCAAGUACACUCGCGAUCGAAGGUGCGAAGUACAACAUCAAAGUGAACACGAUUGUACCGACCGCCGCGUCCCGGCUCACGGAGGACAUCCUGCCCCCGGAUAUGUUCCAAGCCAUGAAGCCGGAGCUCAUUGCCCCGGUUGUGGCAUACAUGGUGCACGAUUCGUUCGAAGACAACGGCAUCAUAAUUGACUCGACACUCGGUUUCGCACACAAGGCGCACUUGGUCAGGUCGAAGGGCACGCCAUUGAGGAACAAACCAUCGGAUCCGGUCACGAUAGAGUCGGUGAAGGAGAAAUGGUCGGACGUCGUGAACAUGAGCAGCGCCAAGAGGAUCGACAAGAUUACUGAAGUCACUUUGGAUUUGGUGCAAGGCUUACAGGAAUUCGAAGACCGAAGCAAGUUAGACAGCCAAAACCCAUCGCACUGGUCGACGGCUAGUUACAACUCGAAGGACCUUGUUUGCUACGCUUUAGGAGUCGGUGCAUCUGUGGUGAACCCAUCAGACCUGAAGUUCUUGUAUGAGAGUCACGAAGACUUCACAGCUUUACCGACUUUCUUCAUAUUGAUGGGAAUGUGCAUGGACUCGCCUGUAGUGAACAACGCGAUGCCAAAGGGAAAACAUGCUGAUUUUACUAAUAUUUUGCACGGUGAGCAAUACGUGGAGUUUCUGGAUGAAUUCCCGGGGACUGAGGGACAAUUCACAACCAGGAACUAUGUAGUGGACUUGUUGGACAAAGGCUCCAGUGCUGUCGCUAUUGUUAACAGUGAGGUAUACCAAGACAAGCAGCUGGUGGUCCGAACCCAACAACACAUCUUCGUGGUGGGCCAGGGCGGCUUCAACGGGCCCAGGAAUAGCGACAAAGCGAUUGGUGUACUCCCAGCCCCCAAGAGAAACCCUGAUGCUGUAGUAGAGCAGAAGACGGCGGAGGACCAGGCUGCUUUGUAUAGGUUGUCGGGCGAUUUGAACCCGCUGCACAUCGACCCGAGCGUGGCGACGGCGAGCGGCCACCCGCGCCCCAUCCUGCACGGGCUCGCCUCGCUCGGCUUCUCCGCCAGACACGUGCUCGCCAAAUUCGCAGGCAACGACCCGAAGAAUGUGAAGGCUAUAAAGGCGCGCUUCGCUAAACCGGUCCUGCCCGGACAGACUCUGGUCACCGAGAUGUGGUUGGAGGGCAAGCGGGUGCACUUCCAGACGAAAGUGAAGGAGACCGGAAACAUUGUUAUUGCGGGAGCCUACGUAGACAUGAAGAGUGUCGUUCAAGCCGGUCCAGUUGCAGCUCAGAGCACACAAUCCUCAGAAGCGUUGAAGAGUGACUCUAUAUUUCUCAAGGUCCAAGAAGAAAUAAAGGCAAACCCAGAUAAGGCUAAGAGUGUUGGUGCUAUUUUCUUGUAUAAGAUCACAAGAAACGGAAAGCUUGUGAAACAGUGGACAAUGAAUCUUAAAUCGGAUAUUGGAGUUUAUGAAGGAGAGCCCAAGACUGGUAAAGCAGAUACGACAUUAACAGUUAGUGAUGAUGAUUUUGUAGAGAUUGCUUCAGGCCAAUUGAGCCCACAAAAUGCAUUCCUGAAAGGAAAAAUAAAAAUCUCUGGUAACCUUAUGCUCGCUCAGAAGCUUGGUCCCCUGCUAAAGACUGGUUCGAAAUUAUAAAAAGGAGACAGCAUUUAUAAAUAUGGGAUUAUUAAGGUUAAUCAGACUCCAGUUUCAAUUCUAAUCUAUGUUGUAAGGAUAUGUUAUUGAAGUUCUAUUUUACAUGUUAUGUAUUUAUAAUCAUUCCAACAUAUUGUAAGGUGGAGGAAUAAAAUUUUUAUUGUUUUUAUA